CUGUCAGUGGCACUGUCAAUAUUAAUAUUAAUUUUCUAGUAGAUUUUUAAAUUUAAAUUUGUGUUGAAAUCGAAUUAAUUAUUGCGUUUUCAUUGUCACUUUUUUCGCGAAUGUUCCAGUCAUUCAUAAGUAUUCUAUCUAUUAACGAUAUCUAUUGUUGACUUUGACAGUUCGGCACAACCAUAACCUCAAGACAAUUUGUGCCGUUUCUGUCUUAUUUGGAUAUUCGCCCUACACAAAAUCUUAUAUGCAAACAAGCAUGUCAACAUCCACCGCCGGUUUGAACAAGCGCCAAUAACAACAUGUAUGCCUGGGGUAGUACCAUAAAUGGGGAACUAGGAUUGGGUGGUAUCGAAGAGGAACACAUACUAGAACCAAGACCACUCGAAUGGAGCUUGGCCCACACUGUGAUAGAGGCUGCCUUGGGUGAUAAUCACACCCUCUUCCUCACCAAGGAUGGCAAAGUCUACUCCUGUGGCAAUAAUGAUUAUGGACAACUUGGACACAGCCAGCCUAGGAAAAGGCCACUUGUCGCGCGUUUUGCAGAACUGGUAGAAAAUUUAGAAGCACAUACUAUAGUGCAUGUGGCCUGUGGGGCUACCCAUUCUCUUGCCCUGAACAACUGGGGCCAAGUAUUAUCAUGGGGUUCAGACUAUCAUGGUCAGCUGGGCCAGCAGAUCGGUGGAGAAAAUUCGCAGGGAACACCACGUAUCAUCAAGGCACUUGCCGCCCACACCGUGGUCCAAAUCGCGUGUGGUCAGCGUCACUCAGUCGCGCUAACGAACAGUGGCGAGAUACUAACGUGGGGCGCCAAUAAUUUUGGUCAAUUGGGUUUGGGCACUAUGACGGCUCAAGAGCCGCUUCCCACCGUCGUUCGAAGUCUGAGUGGCGUGCCGAUGUCGCAUAUUUCCUGUGGAGCGAAUCACACUCUGGUCAUAUCGAAAUCUGGAGCCGUCUUUGGAUGGGGAAAAAAUACUAAAGGACAGUUGGGAAUAAAUGACGUGGACAACAAAAAAUUUCCGCAGCAAUUGCGUACAUUACGUAACCUGAGGGUGAAAUACAUUUCCUGCGGAGAGGAGUUUUCCAUGUUUUUGACCUCCGACGGGGGAGUUUUCACCUGCGGGGCCGGUAUGUAUGGACAACUUGGCCAUGGUACUAGCAGCAACGAAAUCCUGCCCAGACAGGUUGUAGAACUUAUGGGUUCUGUCAUCACCCAAGUGAGUUGCGGCCGUCAACAUUCGUUGGCCUUAGUUCCAUCCCGCGGUCGCGUUUACAGCUUUGGCAUAGGUGGCAGCGGUCAACUAGGAUUACGCAAGUCGUCUAGCGCCGCCACGCCACAAGUGGUAUUAGGCCCUUGGUGUUCGCCUGGUGGUACUCCGGUGGUGCGCAAGAACGACGCGCCCAACAUAGUUGUCCGAAGGAUUUUCGGCGGAGGUGAUCACUGUUUCGUCACUGUAACUAAGCAAAAUGAAACUACUGAGGUUGCUUAUGAUUGUAGGGACUAUAAUGAACAAAGUCAGAUUGUAGCGUUAAGUUAUUCGUCUGUAGAAGACAUGGUGGGUUUACCAGAAGAUGCACCAGUUGAUCAAGAAACGCUUAAGUAUCUAGAAGUAGUUUUCAAAAGCCAGGCCUGUUUAAACGCUUCAUUCCUGGAGUCUGGCGAUCAACACUAUUACUGCACCAGCAGGCACUCAGGGGUCGACAUUCAAGCUGCUCAAGAUACCUUCGACUUAAUUGCACGCAUCGAGAACAGUAGUAUUAAAGAUCUUAUUUUCAAUGAAAUCACAGAUGAUCUUUUGGGCCAACUGCUGCCUUCACCGCCGGACGUGGAAGCUUUACGUAUAUAUCUGACGCUCCCUCUUUAUCACGAAUUUAACAACCCAAAACAUCACAUGCGGCUGCAGAAACCGUUCGCUGCGGCCGUUCUCCGAUUGAAACCGCAGCCGGGUCGCGUCGUUGCCGGCUGGUGGAGCACUAUGUCUGUCGAGUAUUUCGAACGACUAGUCAACAUAUUUAAGUCAGUGGCCAUGUUCGUGCUACGUAGUCAGGAAAUUCCCGAAGGAAAGACGGCGUUCUAUGACGCGAGUCUAGUGGCUAUGUUGGAUGUGCUGUCGCUGCUCAACAAACUGAACCACAGCGUUGACGGUUUGAAAGUGCCUUAUGAUACAUUCCACUUGAAUGAGCUUUCAGAGUGUCUUGAUGUGCGAGUAGACUAUUUAUUGUGGUUGGGCGAUCCGGGGUCGGGAAAACUGUUCCUCUGCAAUUAUCCGUUCGUGUUCGAUGCCCAAGCCAAAACGCUUCUCCUGGAAACCGAUCAAUCGCUACAGAUGCAAAACGCAAUGCAGAAUGCCGCCCAACAGGCGGUGCUGGCACUUUUGUACUCCCCCGCCAACAUCCAUUCCAUCAAUCAGUUCCUCGUUCUGAAUGUGUCCCGCGAAAACAUAGUACGUGAUGCCUUAAACGAAUUGGUUAACAUAGAUCCAAGCGACCUAAAGAAGCCCCUCAAAAUCAGAUUUUAUGGGGAGGAGGCGGAAGAUGCGGGCGGUGUCAGGAAAGAAUUCUUCAUGUUGCUACUGCGGGAAAUCCUCGAUCCAAAAUACGGAAUGUUUAGAGAAUACAGCGAGACCCGAGCCAUCUGGUUUUCAGAGCAUUCCUUCGAGGACGCAGGCGUUUAUUUCCUCAUAGGUAUGAUUUGUGGCCUUGCCAUAUACAACUUCAUCAUCAUCGACAUCCCAUUCCCUCUGGCACUUUACAAAAAAUUGCUUGGCGAAACCAUAGGUUUGGCCGAUUUGAAGGGUCUCUCACCGGUAAUGGCAAAUUCAUUGCAACAACUUUUGGAUUACGAUCGGCCGGAUGUUCAAGAUGUGUUUGCACUGUCCUUUGAUAUCACGCGUGAUGUUUGGGGCGAAAUCCAAGUGACAGAAUUAAAAGAGAACGGUUCAAAUAUUCCUGUGACCGCGGAGAACAAGCAGGAGUACGUACAACUCUACGUGGACUAUAUCUUUAAUCAAUCCGUCAAGGAGCAAUAUAAAGCUUUCCAUAAUGGGUUCAUGAAAGUUUGUGGGGGUAGAGUGUUAAAGCUGUUCCAUUCGCAUGAACUAAUGGCGGUGGUAAUUGGUAACGAAAACUAUGACUGGCACGCGCUCGAAGAGACAGCCGAAUAUAAGGACGGUUAUAAAUCGUCGGACCAGACAAUCCGCUGGUUUUGGGAAGUCAUACAUGAGAUGUCCUUAGCUGAUAAGAAGAAGUUUUUGCUUUUCCUUACUGGCAGCGAUAGAAUACCAAUUCAGGGCAUGAGGGCCAUUAAGAUUGUACUUCAGCCGACGAAUGAUGAUAAAUUCUUGCCGGUAGCUCACACGUGCUUCAACCUUUUGGAUUUGCCGCGCUAUAAAACAAAAGAAAGACUCCGAUACAAGCUUAUGCAGGCUAUACAACAAACUGAGGGAUUUUCUUUGGUGUGAUAAAUUUUUUAAUUAUACAUUUUUUUGACUAUACAAGAGUUUUGUUAUAAUACUAAAAGCUAAAUACACAUUAAUUCACUGUUUUUUUAUUUGUUGUUUAGAAUGAUUGUGUGCGAUUGUGCAAUCGUUAAAUUUAAAAGCUAAUAGCGAACUCAGGAAACACGUUUGUCGAUGUUGUUUGUACAUAAAAAAUUGUUAUUUUUCUGCAUUUAAUGUAAAUAAACUAGAUAUUAUCUUUUUA